AUGUUUUUCAAUUUUCGGGCAAAGUGAGUUCUAUUUUUCAAACUGUUCACGACUUUUCGCAGGGUAAUCGUGUCCGUACUUUUUCCCAAAGUUUAUAACAGCACUUGUCUAUACUUUAUUCAAUUUUUCCUACGUUAGAGAGUCGUCUUGUAUUUUAAAUCGAAUUCCCAGGCUAUUUUCGAUGUUUACAAUUUAGACAAUAUCAUUUUCAAAACGUGGCUUAUGACCAAAGUGAUUUUGUUACUAAAAUUGAGUAAACGCAUAUUUUUUAUAAUAUAAUGGAAGAGGAACUUUUGAUUGAAGAAAUCCGGUCUUUACAAAAGCUUUUGCUUGAAAAAGAAACUCGCCUUGCAGACCUGAAACGUGAAAAACAAAUAUUGCAAGCAAAUGGUUUAAACAAUGAAGAGAUUGCCAGAUACAGUAGGCAAAUUCUUUUACCUGAAAUUAGUGUGAAAGGGCAAGUCCGUUUGAAAAAUGCAUCAGUUCUCAUCGUGGGAGCUGGAGGUCUUGGUUGUCCAUCAGCAUUAUAUUUAGCAGGAGCGGGAAUCGGACAUAUUGGAAUAGUUGAUUAUGAUGAUAUCGAAAUUAACAACCUCCACAGACAAAUAUUAUUUUCAUCAGCAGAUAUUGGCACACCAAAAGUAGAGGCGGUAAAAGUCGCCCUGAAAAGACAUAACAGCAGUGUAAAAGUUACUCCCUACAAAAUGCAAAUUAAAAGUGACAAUGCCUUGAACAUUAUAAAGGACUUUGAUGUCGUAUUGGAUGCCACUGAUAACGUAGCUACACGAUACUUAUUGAAUGAUGCUUGUGUCAUUAGUGGAAAACCUCUGAUCUCUGGAUCAGCUUUAAAAUUUGAAGGACAACUUACAGUUUACAAUUACGACGGGCCUUGCUACAGAUGCAUAUUUCCAAAACCACCACCUCCUCAAGCUGUAACAAAUUGUAGCGAUGGUGGUAUUCUCGGGACAGUCGUGGGAGUGAUAGGUGUCCUACAAGCGCAGGAGGCGAUAAAAAUAAUUCUGAAUUUACCAGGAGUUCUUUCUGGUCGACUUUUAUUGUUUGACGGAUUAGAAACUACAUUCAGAAAUAUUCGCUUACGUCUCAAAAAUCCAGAUUGUCUUUACUGCGGACAAAGCGCUAAGAAAUGCGAAUUGAUAGACUACGAACAAUUUUGUGGAGCGCAAGCAGUAGAUAAAAAUCCUGAUUUAAAAGUUUUGAAAAACUACGAAAGAAUAACAGUAGAUAAAUAUAAUGAAAUAGCAUGUGAAAAGUCUCAUGUUUUGAUAGAUGUUCGCUCUCCCGAAGAGUUUGAAAUUUGUCGACUCAAAAAGUCGAUUAACAUUCCAAUCAGUGACAUUGACAAAGAAAGCAGUCUCGACACGAUUAAAAGUGAGAUUUAUAAAACUGGAUCUGAUGUUCCGAAUGUUUUCGUUCUGUGUCGGAGGGGAAAUGAUUCGCAAAAGGCAGUGCGAAUUUUGCAAAAUGUGCUACCUGAUCAAUUAGAAAUUAAAGAUAUCGUCGGUGGUCUUCAUGCCUGGGCGACAAAAAUUGACCUGCGGUUCCCAGUGUACUAACCAGAAAACAAAACUUUCCUUUUGUAUAGUUUGUAUAUUUUCUCUAUACUUUUUGGGCUACCUCUGAGUUUAAACUCAAGUUUUUAUAUGUAUUGUUAACAUAUUUUGCUUAUAAAUAAACUCUUUUCUAUUUCACAUA